GAGAUCAAUCAUGGCGACGGGCGAAACCCAAACAGAGACAACAUGGGCAGAAUUGCUGGGGAGCAAACACUGGGAAGGCCUACUCGAUCCUCUAGACCUCAACCUGCGAAAACUAAUCCUCCGUUGCGGAGACUUUUGCCAGGCCACCUACGAUGCCUUCAAUAGUGACCAGAACUCCAAUUACUGCGGCAGCAGCCGCUACGGCAAGACUUCCUUCUUUCACAAAGUCUCCUUCCCCUCCGCUUCUGACUACGAAGUUGCAUCCUUCCUCUAUGCCACCUCUCGCAUCGACGUCCCCAAAUCCUUCCUCCUCCACUCCCUCUCUCGUGAGGCCUGGGAUCGUGAGUCCAAUUGGAUCGGUUACAUUGCCGUCACCACCGAUCAAGUGAGUCAGGCCACCGGUAGACGCGAAAUCUACGUCGCAUGGCGUGGAACCAUUCGUAAUCUUGAAUGGAUUGAUGUCUUGGAUGCUAAGCGCGCCUCCAUCAAACCCCUGUUAAACCCAAGCAAACAACAAAAACAACCACCACCAACACUGCAGCAGAAGCAACACUGGUACGGAACUCUGUUCGGCCACAACAACAACGGUAACAACGACGAUGGUGCUGGCAACAGCGGCAGCGACAGCGACGAUGACGACGAUGAAAAGAUACCUAAGGUGAUGAAGGGUUGGCUCACCAUCUACACCUCCGAUGACCCAAAAUCCCCCUUCACCAAAACCAGCGCCAGAACUCAAAUCCUCACCAAGAUUAAAGAACUCGUUACUCGCUACAAAGACGAGGAUCUCAGCAUAACCUUUGCAGGCCACAGCUUGGGUGCGAGCCUAUCCAUUCUCAGUGCCUUCGACCUCGUCGAGAACGGAUUGUCCACAAUCCCAAUCGCGGCCUUUGUGUUCGGUUGCCCUCAAGUGGGUAACAAGGCCUUCAAUGACAUGCUCAAUUCAUUCCCAAAUCUUAAAAUCUUGCACAUCAGGAACAAGAUUGAUGUAAUACCGCACUACCCGAGUAAGCUUCUGGGUUAUUACUAUUCUGGUAUUGAACUUGUGAUUGAUACUCGGAAAUCCCCUAGGUUGAAGGACUCCAAGUAUCCAGGAGACUGGCACAAUCUUCAGGCGAUGUUACAUGUGGUUGCAGGGUGGAAUGGAGAGGAGAGAGAGUUUGAGCUCAAGGUGAAGAGAACUCUUGCUUUGGUUAACAAGUCUUGUGAUUUCCUCAAGGAUGAGUGCUUGGUUCCUGGGUCAUGGUGGGUUGAGAAGAACAAAGGUAUGGUACUUGAUGAAGGAGGAGAAUGGGUUUUGGCCCAACCCGAUGAUGAGGACAUGCCCGUCCCUGAAUAUUGAAGGAACU